CUCUGGCUGUUCCCGGCUGAGGCGGGUCUGCAGUAGCGAUGGCGGCUCUGACUGACGUGCAGCGGCUACAGGCCCGAGUGGAGGAGCUGGAGCGCUGGGUGUACGGGCCGGGCGGGGCGCGCGGCUCGCGAAAGGUAGCUGAUGGCCUGGUCAAGGUGCAGGUGGCUUUGGGGAACAUCGCCAGCAAGAGGGAGAGGGUUAAGAUUCUGUACAAAAAGAUUGAAGACCUGAUCAAAUAUCUGGAUCCUGAAUACAUUGAUCGCAUUGCUAUACCUGAUGCCUCUAAGCUGCAGUUCAUCUUAGCAGAGGAGCAGUUUAUCCUCUCCCAGGUUGCACUCCUGGAACAGGUAGAUGCCUUGGUGCCCAUACUGGACAGUACUCACAUCAAAGCUGUUCCUGAGCAUGCCGCCCGCCUGCAGCGCUUGGCUCAGAUCCACAUCCAGCAGCAGGACCAGUGUGUGGAAAUCACUGAGGAGUCCAAGGCUCUCCUGGAAGAAUACAACAAAACUACAAUGCUUCUCUCCAAGCAAUUUGUGCAGUGGGAUGAGCUCCUUUGCCAGCUAGAGGCCGCCAAGCAAGUGAAGCCAGCAGAGGAGUGACAGCUGCCUCACAUCCCAGGGCAGACCAGGGCCGCCAGGUGCCAGGGCUCUGUGCCAAACUGCCUUUGUAACAAGGCAGAGGCAACUCUGUAUUUAUUGGAUUCAAGGCCUACAUCUCUGCACUCAGGUGGGGCUCUGAGGUUAGAGGUUGGGUUACCUGAGAUUUUCAGUUUACACCCUCCCCUACCCCCCAUCAGUGUUCUUAUUCCAUGACAAUAAAUUCUAGAGCUCACUGGAGAAA